AUGCGCUCCCAGCUUCUUCGUGCAUCCAUUCGAGUGAGACGACCCGCCGGCGUCGAUGUCUUCCGAAGCUUCAGUUCGACGGUGCGGCGGCCGGCCGAGGUCGAGCUCACAGUCGAUGGCAAGAAGGUUUCGAUAGAGGCUGGCUCAGCAUUGAUUCAAGCUUGUGAAAAGGCUGGAGUUACGAUUCCGAGAUACUGUUACCAUGAAAAGCUGAUGAUUGCUGGAAACUGUCGAAUGUGCUUGGUCGAAGUUGAGAGAGCUCCCAAACCUGUUGCCUCCUGCGCAUGGCCUGUACAGCCAGGAAUGGUCGUGAAGACCAAUUCUCCCCUCACUCAUAAAGCAAGAGAAGGUGUGAUGGAAUUCUUGCUUGCAAAUCAUCCUCUUGACUGCCCCAUCUGUGAUCAAGGUGGCGAAUGCGAUUUACAAGAUCAGUCUAUGAGAUACGGUGCAGAUCGAGGUCGCUUCCAUGAGAUUACUGGUAAACGAGGUGUUGAGGACAAGAAUAUUGGACCGUUGGUCAAGACAUCUAUGAAUCGAUGCAUUCAUUGUAGUCGGUGUAUACGAUUCGCGAACGAUGUCGCAGGUGCUCCAGAGCUGGGCUCUACAGGACGAGGGAACGAUAUGCAGAUUGGCACUUACCUCGAAACUGCUCUUGACACUGAACUGUCAGGCAAUGUCAUUGACCUCUGCCCAGUCGGUGCACUCACAUCAAAGCCCUAUGCGUUUCGAGCCCGACCAUGGGAAUUGCGCCACACCGAGACGAUUGAUGUGCUAGAUGGGCUGGGCUCGAAUAUCAGGGUAGACGCUAGAGGCAUGGAAGUGAUGCGGAUUCUACCACGACUAAAUGACGACGUAAACGAGGAAUGGAUCAAUGACAAAUCACGUUUUGCCUGCGAUGGACUUAAGACACAACGGCUCACAACUCCCUUAAUAAGAAGAGAUGACAACUUCGCUCCUGCUUCGUGGGAGCAGGCCCUUACCGAGAUUGGAAGAACAUUUCAGCAGCUUGAUGUGAAAGAAAACGAGUUCAAAGUGAUGGCGGGACAGCUUAUCGAAAUAGAGUCGUUGGUGGCGAUGAAGGAUCUUGCUAACAGACUUGGCUCAGAAAAUCUUGCGCUUGACCAACCUGGUGGAAGUGAGCCGAUUGCGCAUGGCGUGGAUGUGAGGUCGAAUUACUUGUUCAAUUCCAAGAUAUAUGGCGUGGAAGAAGCAGAUGCGAUGCUUCUUGUUGGCACCAACCCGCGACAUGAGGCCGCAGUUCUGAAUGCAAGAAUACGCAAACAAUGGCUACGAUCUGAUCUGGAAAUCGGUUUGGUGGGCGAAACUUUCGAGAGCACUUUUGGCUUCGAGCAUCUUGGUGCUGAUGCGGCAGCCGUCAAAGCAGUCCUAUCCGGCCCCUUUGGCAAGAAACUGUCAUCAGCCAAGAAGCCCAUGAUCAUCGUGGGUAGCGCUGUGACAGAGCAUCCAGACGCAAAGGCAAUCUAUGAAUCAAUUGGAGCAUUUGUUGACAGGAAUGCUGCAAGGUUUAUUACGCCUGAAUGGAAAGGGUACAAUGUACUCCAAAGGGAUGCAUCAAGAGCUGGUGCUUAUGAAGUUGGCUUCACUACACCUUCACCGGAAGUUGCAAAAGUCAAGCCAAAGAUGAUUUGGCUGCUUGGUGCUGAUAAUUUCAAUGAGGCUGACAUUCCGAAAGAUGCGUUUGUAGUGUACCAGGGUCAUCAUGGUGAUGCUGGUGCUCAGAUUGCAGAUGUGGUGCUUCCAGGUGCUACCUAUACUGAAAAGUCCGGUACCUAUCUCAACACCGAAGGUAGGUGUCAGAUCACGAGAGCUGCUGUGUCAUUGGCUGGAGCGGCAAGAGAUGAUUGGAAGAUCAUCCGUGCUGUGAGCGAAUACUUUGGUCAACCACUUCCAUAUGACGAUAUCGAGGGGCUGAGAGAUCGCAUGGAGCAGAUCAGCCCAGUGCUGAGAUGCUACGAUGUGGUUGAGCCAAGCUCAUUGGGCUCCUUGAGCAAGGUGCAGCUGGUAGAUCAAAAUAAGGGUGCAAAAGCCACGGGAAAGCCCUUGAAGAAGCCGAUCGAAAACUUCUUCUUCACAGAUGUUAUCUCAAGAAGUUCACCUACAAUGGCACGAUGUUCGGCGGCCAAAGCAACAGGCAACCCGGAGACGAACUUUAUGGCUCAAGGCGAACCAAAUCCGCAGAAUGAGUAUGGUCCACUACCACAAGUCUCUUACGGUUGA